ACGCUGACCCCCAGGCUAUUCUCUCCCUACGCUGACCCCCAGGCUCUUCUCUCCCUACGCUGACCCCCAGGCUCUUCUCUCCCUACACUGACCCCAAGUUCGGGUCUCCUUACACUGGAUCUUGGUAUUCCAGCAUUAACCCAAUGUUCCGGUUUACCUAAGUUGACCCCCCAAGCUAUCUCCACUGACCUGAUUCUCUAGUCUCCAUGCACUGACUCUCAUAUCUGGUGUCCCAUCACUGACCCCCCGGCUCUGGUCUCCCUGCAGUGACUUCUUCUGACCAUGAUGAACUUCUCCUGAUCCUCAGACUCUCUAUUCAGUGUUGGAUUUAUCAUUGGAUCCUAUACAGGACGAUCACGAUCACUGAUCCCCAAGGACUGUGCCUAAGGUCCAAAAGGUAUCAUGGAUAAGAAGGUCCCAGGAGCGGUGGGGAAUGGAGACUCUUUUCCAGCUCAGCCUCUGAUGGAGAAGGAACCUCAAGAUGGAGGUGGCAAACACAUGACGGAGCGGGGUCAAUGGAACAACAAGAUGGAGUUUGUGUUGUCCGUGGCCGGAGAGAUCAUCGGGCUGGGCAACGUCUGGAGGUUUCCGUAUCUUUGCUACAAGAACGGAGGAGGAGCCUUCUUCAUUCCGUAUCUAAUCUUCCUCUUCACCUGUGGGAUUCCAGUCUUCUUCCUGGAGACAGCACUGGGACAGUACACUAGCCAGGGAGGGGUCACCUCAUGGCGGAAGAUCUGCCCCAUAUUUGAAGGCAUCGGGUACUCCUCUCAAGUCAUCGUCGUCUUGCUGAACUUCUAUUACAUCGUAGUCCUGGCGUGGGCCUUCUUUUAUCUCUUUAAUUCCUUCACGUCUGACCUUCCCUGGGCUUCAUGUAACCAUUCAUGGAACACAGAGCACUGCAUAGACCACACAAGUAACAGUACGCACAACAUGACAGUAAAUGGAACAUCCAGUGUCAUCGAGUUUUGGGAGAGGCGAGUACUUAACAUAUCCGACGGCAUUGACCAGAUUGGGAGCCUACGGUGGGAGCUGGCUCUGUGUCUUCUGCUGGCCUGGAUCAUUUGUUACUUUUGUAUCUGGAAGGGGGUCAAAUCCACUGGAAAGGUUGUAUAUUUUACCGCAACUUUCCCCUACUUGAUGCUGAUUGUUUUGCUCAUCCGAGGGGUCUCACUGCCCGGCGCUCUGGAAGGCAUUCGGUUCUACCUGUACCCAGACCUCAGCCGUCUUCAGGACCCACAGGUCUGGAUGGACGCUGGGACGCAGAUCUUUUUCUCAUACGCCAUUUGUUUGGGAUGCCUGACCGCCCUGGGAAGCUACAAUCAAUAUCACAACAACUGCUACAGAGACUGCAUGGCUUUAUGCUUUCUGAAUAGUGGAACAAGUUUUGUGGCUGGAUUUGCCAUUUUUUCCAUCUUGGGUUUUAUGGCAGAAGAACAAGGGGUACCAAUAUCAGAGGUGGCAGAAUCUGGUCCGGGCUUAGCAUUCAUUGCCUACCCCCGAGCUGUGUCUAUGAUGCCGUUCUCUCCCCUCUGGGCUUGUUUCUUCUUCAUCAUGGUCAUUCUUCUGGGUCUGGACAGUCAGUUCGUAUGUGUGGAGAGUCUGGUCACUUCUUUGGUUGACAUGUAUCCCGGCGUCUUUCGUAAAAAUUACAGGCGUGAGCUGCUUAUCCUGGUCGUCUGCAUCUUCUCAUUCCUCAUUGGGCUGGUCAUGUUGACAGAGGGUGGCAUGUACGUGUUUCAGCUGUUUGACUAUUAUGCUGCCAGUGGAAUGUGCCUGCUGUUUGUCGCCAUCUUUGAGACUCUCUGCAUUGGUUGGGUGUAUGGUGCCGAUAACUUCUACGACAACGUGGAGCAUAUGAUUGGCUACAGGCCUCUGCCAAUCAUCAAAUACUGCUGGCUGUUCAUUACCCCCGCUGUGUGCCUGGCCACCUUCAUCUUCUCACUGGUGAAAUACACUCCUCUUCAAUAUAACAAGCGUUACACCUACCCCUGGUGGGGGGAUGCUGUGGGCUGGUUCCUAGCAUUGUCAUCUAUGAUAUGCACCCCACUAUGGGUUUGUUACAAAGUAUUAACAAUCAAAGGACCUAUGGCAGAGAGGUUUCGUCAACUGACUUGCCCAGACCCAGAUCUGCCUCAGAAACCUUUACGGGACCACCAGACACAACCGACACCUGCGUCUCCACUGGAUGAAUCACGGUGUUAGGACAUAGCGAUGCGUUUGUGUGGACAUACUGCUCGCCCUUUACACCUGACGGAUAUGCAGCAUACAAAUAUUAAGGACCCGCGAUGGGAUCACAUGUAUAUGACCUCAUUAACGCCGACGUCUGGAGGAGAUUGGCGAAGCGUGGAGCAGACCUGUGAAACAUUGUCAUUCCUUACUUUUAAGUUCUGUUUUAUUUUCUUUGUGACUUAUGCCACAAUAUAUCACAGCAAAUCUGGUGAUAGAACAAUUGCCAUUAUUUGGGUAUAAUGUAGGAUAAAAUGUGAUUAGGACGAGAAGACACAACACCUAAACUACAUUGAGGAGGCGUCCGUGUCCUACGGUCCAGUCCUGCAGCCGGCUCUGGAUGGUUGAAUUCUAGUUGACUUGUCAGUAUACAGUAGAAGACUACCUCUUUAAGAUGACCACCCCUGAUCUUGACCACAGUUCUCUGUGAUGGAAUUUUAGUUCCCUAUAUCCUUAGUUAUAUUGGCCCUGUUCAAUGAGAGGACCACCUGUCGAAAAGACCAAUUUUCCCUUAGAUGGUCUCUAAGAAGUUUCAUGCUAGAUCAAUAACCCCAUUCAAUAAACCUUUGACAGAAAGUUGAGGCACAGAUGACAGGGGUUUUAGGGAUACAUUCAAUAUGUAUACUGCAUGGUAAACUCCACUUUAGUGCUGAUAUAGUUAUGGUGGAGGAGGGGGCCCAAGUUUUGUAUUUUGUCCUUAAAGGGAUACUCCGCUGCUCACUGUUUGGAACAAAAUGUUCCGAAUGCUUAUAGCCUGU